ACAUGAUCAAACAAAAUCGAUAUUAGUAAGUUGUCGUAUAAAAAAGACAAAAUGGCCUUUACUUUCACCGCUUUCGAAAGGCGGUUCGCUUUUACAAUUUACCAAAAACGCAAUUAUAACAAUUUGAAUGUCCUGGCGCAUCCGCCAAAUUCAUUUUUUUUUUAAUUCUUGCCAGAUUGAGCAAUUUCCUGGUGACGUCAUUCUUCGACUCUUGCGCCAUGAGCUAAGGCCCUCCUUGCAUCCCCCACUCCGUUCCGAGCGUCCAUUGUUUCGCCCUGUGCGCUUUUGUCGGGUAAACAAUAACAAUGGAUUUCUGACGUUUAAGGCAAUAAUCUUCUCCGAGUUCGCUACGAACUCGAAAGUCUUGAAUUUGAAAUCGGGCGGCGAUCGCACGGGUUGUAAAGAAAGUGUUUGAUGUAUUGUUCGUUGAUUAUCGGCGUUGCUACGGGCCCGAUCGGUUUCGUUCUGGUGCGGGCGAGUGAAAGAAACGUAGGGGUUGAUUUAAAACGGCGAUAAAACGAAAUGCCACACUCGCGAAUGAAACUUACCAUUGUCCAUCCCGUUUGAUCCGUAUGUCUUGCUUUGGAGUUCGUUGACCUCUUACCUACAUGUGCAGUUGCAUCGCGGUUAGUUAUCUAUAUUUUAGAUGUAUCUGUGGGAAGUAUAAUUAGGGUGUGUUUAGACCGUGAGAUGCUCAACCGAUUCAUCGUGCGAAUCGGACAUUUUAAAAAUCUCAAGAGUAUCGUUUCAUUUGCAGCCGUGCUCAAAUUUUAUAAAUUUUCCAUUCAUUUAAAACAAGAGUGAUUAAACUUAAGGACUGCGAUACCUGCCGUGGUAAUUAAUGCGCCAGUCAACAAUAACUUUCAUCUAUUAAUCCUGGAUUCUCCAUUGAUGCCUAACGAGGUGUCCGCCGGAUUGACGAGCGGGUCCGGCGGGGGCGGCAAGCUCCGCUGUCCCGCCCCAAUUUCGCGACUCAAAGUCGAGAAAAUCGAGGGCGGCCUAAUGGUCGCGGGGGUAGUGGUGGCUGCCAACUGUCAAAUCAUUUUACCCAUAUUCGGGUUCCUGUUUCUUCUUGUCGGCUGCGUCCUCACCGCCGCAUCGUAUAGAGGACCAGGCGAAGACGAGCAGCCGGAUGACUAUGCCGCCCGGAUUGCUUUUACCGGCAACUCCCGGAUUCUGGGACCCGCUUGUAUGGUCGUCGGAUUCCUCAUGCUGGUCGCUGGUAGCGUGCUAUGCGUACUAGCGCACCGGGCUAGGCGACGACAGCAAACGAUCGGGUUCCACUGUCCGUUGCACGGUGAUUUUUAUCCCCUGAGUCCUGUCACUGGAUCUAGAACUAUAGGCAUCGUCGAGAAAAAUGGCAAAUGCACCCUGUGCUGGCCACGCAAAAGAGGUCCAGGAGUGAUCGCAGUCGGACCGCCUCAAUGUCCUCACAGUCAGAUUUCAAGCACGAGGAGUUCGGUAGCCAGCUCACCUCAUAGCCAGUGUCCGACACCGCUUCCCUUCCUAGUCAAUUCGGGAAUUAUAGGGGGUAUAUCGACGGUCCCACCGGUACAGCAAUCCCCCGAACAAUCUUUCGGAUCAAUCCGGUCUCUCACUGUGGGACGCGAGGUUGCCAGCUUCCCCAUGUCGAGGACUCCUACUCCUCCUCCAACUACGUUCGAGAGGAGUCAGAACUUGGUGAACAUCCCUGACGAGGAAAGUUUGGUCAAUUCUCAAUUCGAGACAGUGCCGGUACACCGAGAAGUGCCAAGGAAAUCGGUAUCGAUCGUGUUACCGACCGAGGAGAAGGGAUGACCAGUGGAACUUUAGUUUCCAGGAAAAUGCUCGGGAACUAACCCCAUUACAUUUUUGUAGUAAUGCGGGCGGCUAUAAUUUUACAAACGCCUAACUAAAAGGGUAUAAUUGCGUAAAAAAGACGUAGGCUUAGAUUAUUUACGUAUUGUUAUUUAUGUGUAAUAAUUAUUGAGAGGUCGUCGAUUUUGUAAACCAGUUUCAAUUUAGUAUAUAAUAGUCCCGAUUGCACGAGCAGCUUAGACUGAAUGUAUUCAAUUAUAGGAAAUAUUUUUUAGGUAUAAUAUUUUUAAUAUUAGGAAAACGGAUUCAAAAGUACCAGAUCAAUUUUUGACUUGUGUUAGAUUGAGACCGAAUUUUAUGAACGAUUGUCGAGGAGAAAAGACUGAUUUUGUUCUGUAUUAUUUGGUAUUUUUACCUGCCUCACUAUCAAUUUACCUUAUUUUGAGAUUUUGUUGCAGUUAUUUGAUGCAGUUUCCAUUGUUCGGGUAGGUAUUUGAAUUUCAAAGGAAAGCUCUCUCUUUUAACUGAAGGAAGUUAAGGUAUAAAAUAAUUUCUAAGUAAAAAAUGCGGGAGUCGACACCUAGAAAAUAUAUAAUAAAAACCCAUUGCCCGUAUUUCGCCCUUUCAGUGUAAUGUCGGCGCUGACUUCGAUAUUUCUACUUGGAAAUUGUUUCACAAAAUUUGAAAACAGUUUUUUAGUCCCCAUUUUUCAGCAUUCCUCAAAUUGAAUUAAUCCGAGGAGAGUCUAGCAUAGUUCAGUAACAACAUUCACUGCACCACCCGAUUUUUUAUAAUAAAUAACUGUAUACUAUAUGUAAUCUUAGGUGAAAUUGUACAUAUAAUGAUAUGGGAUAAUAUAUAUUUUUUCUGUUAGCACUAGUCCCUCAAAUAUCAAAAACUAGCAAAUUUACAUAAUAAUUGCGUCAGUAUUCGGUAACUUUAAGAAAAUCAGUACAAUUUGUCUCGCUGGCAGUUGUGAGGGGUCUAGUUUGAAAUUUUAAACUGUAGUGUUGAAAUUAUUGUAAUACAAGUGAUAUGUGGUUAGAUAUUGUGUAAGGCUGAUUAUAUUGUAAGAUAUGGUAGACAUUUUAAAUUUUCCCUUCUAGAUUCUGCUCAAUAAAAUUUUAAAAGAAAUUUUUCGUUCCACAAAUAACUUGUACUCGGAUUUAAUGUCUUCGUCUGUUUACAAAGCACUCGACUACAUAGUAGUCGACCGGAAAUGUGGCGUCUGAUUUUUUGAGGUUUUGCAAAGUAUUCACAUUCUUUAAGAAUACUCUUCAAAUGAUGCUCUUAAUUGUUACUUGCUCACUCAUAAUUAUGUAACUAAUAGUUUUAGCUAAGAGGACAAAUGGCGUGUCCUAAUGUGAGGAACAAAUCAAUUAAAUAAAUUUAUUAUAGC